AUGUGUCCCGAUUCGUGUUUGGCAUUCACAGGCCCAUAUGCAGCACUUGAGAUCUGUCCUCUGUGCGAUAAAUCACGCUGGGACCAGGGAAAGCUGCGAGCAACCAAUGGCCGCAGCAAGGUCGCGGCUCAGAAAUUCACAACCAUUCUGCUUGGUCCCCAGUUGCAGGCCAUGUAUCGUGAUCCCGACAGCACGCGCCAUAUG